AUGCGGUUCCAUCUCAAGAACAACAAUCCUCAGGCCGUGAUUACCUUAUACCAGAAGCACAUGCAGAGUAUAAUGGAGGGAGAAGUAGGAGGGCAAGUCGAGGGGGCAGAAGAUCAUCAAUUAAAUCAAGAAUAUCACGCUUUGCAUCUCGAAACCACGCCAGCACCCAAGCCACUCGAUCCAGGUCGUGUCUAUCUUCUGUUGGCGGUGACCACUGCCCACGCGAUGCGAGACUCUUAUGCGGAUGCAUUGGAAACUUGUCUUGCAACUGUGGUUCGAUUUCACGACUACACCACAAUGGAAUUCUUGCGUCAACUUGGGCCAAACGCCCGCCUGCGUGCCAAGGUUCAAACUUAUGUGGAGCGGCUUGCCGUUUCCCGCCUUGUCGCUCGCCCGCCUUCGUUGUCAAAACAUGUUUCGGCUUUAGCUAAGGCCAACUCCUUGCAAUCAUCAGAAAAGUUAUAUGAAAAAGUCAUUCAGGGUAUUUUAGGCCCAGAACCCUACCUCGCAGCCGAUCCUUCUCAGAUCACCCCUUCUCUAUCAAUUUCGAUGACAGAACUGGGUUGGACCUCCUUCCUUGCAGCGUUCCUCAAAUGUGAAAGGCGAGAUCUAGCAACGAAGGUGUGGGACGACCUGAUUCGUUGCGGCGUCCGUCCCGGUACCUCGACGUGGACAGCAUUAAUCGACUCAUUUGCUAGGAUUGGGGCUACCGAUGAUGCCCUCUCCGCGUGGGAGAUGAUGCUUGCGCAAGGGGGAAAGCCGGAAGGUCUCACAUAUCGUGCCAUAAUAUCAGCUUUAUUCCAUGACCGUCGAGCAGAUGCAGCGAUCGAAAAGUUCAAGGCAUUUCAAAGAAGUCAUUCAAACCCAGAGAUGGCUGUCCAUACACUCGCAGUUCACAACACAGUUUUAAACGGUCUCCUUCACACCAAUCGUCCGGUCACCGCGAACGAGGUCAUGAUCAAUAUGCAUGAAAAUGGACCAAAGCCAGACCUUGUAUCGUACAAUACCUUCCUGGGGUAUUAUAGCCGAUUGGGCGACUUUAAAGGACUGGCAGCGGUCGUUAGCAAGAUGUCAUCGGAGCAAAUUGCUGGGGACGUUUUCAGUUACUCCACGAUUCUCUCCGCCCUGCUGAAAAUCGGCAAGCAAGACGCACCAGAAACAAUCCUUCAACUUAUGCGAAACCAAGGAAUCCAACCGAAUGUUGCAAUUUUUACCGCCAUUAUCAACCACCAAGUGCGCGAGAAAAAUGAAAAGAACCUCGCUGCAGCUUUCUUCAUGCUUCAGACUAUGGAACAAGAAUCUAGCGCACAGCCUAACGAGGCAACGUACUCGUCUGUUUUGGCCGGCUUGUACCGAGAUGGCUGGCUUGCACCCGAGAAGGCAGAAGAGUAUCGAAAGAAUAUCGUCGCAAGGAUGAAAGCUCGCGGUGUUGUUCUCAGACUCCCAACAUAUCACAUUCUUCUCAAGGCGUGCUUAGAUUAUCCAUAUCCGGAGGGGCUUAACCACGCGCUUGCAUACUUUGAAGACAUGAGGCGGCACACCCCGCUUGUUCAAACUACAUGGUACAUCUUGCUUGCUGGGCUCCUCCAAAGGGGUGAGUGGGCAAUCGCAGAGGAAUAUGUGAAGGAGAUGAAAAACUCGGACGUUUCUCCAUCCGCGAGUACGCUAAAGUUAGUCAGAAAGAUCAGAAGGCGGGGGAAGUAG